ACCCAACUAUGACGACAGUGAUAACACAACGACAGUGACAUAUUAAUUAGAAGAGAAUAUGAGGGAAUUUUAAUAGCACAUUGAUUGUUUGGAUGAAUACUGUGACUGUAAGUCAGUCCAGCUUAAAUAACCAUGAUAAUUAUUGUAAAUAAUAAUAAAGGAAGAAAGAGAAAAAGAAUGUGAUAUAAAUGUGUGCAUAAAAUAGAGAAUCCUGGAUCCUACAUAGAGGGAAUCGACGACUUGUGAGAACGGCAUAAACGAAGCGCCGAAGCGAAUCCGAGAUUGAACGAGAAUAGUCGAACAUGGCCGAGGAGUCGCGUGCUGCUCCAAAAGAAUUUCUCCAUCCUCAGUCGUGACUCGGUCGUCGCGGUGAACGGAUCGUUAACGAAACGGUUGUGUUUGUGUGAUAUUUAAUUUUCUGCAUUCGACCGCGCUCACAUACACGCGCACAAACACGCGUGCGCGCUCGCGCGCAUAAUCGUUGUAUAUUCGAGAAUCGACUUAAUUCUUAGUAGAAAAUGGCGGAUACUAUAAAGGGUGGAAAUAUCAGUCGUUCGGAGUGGCAGGGAACGACGCGCAGCUUGACAGUUGACCAAAACGAAACGGAACGAUCGAUUUUGGAUGGAACGCCAUUCUUCGAGAAAACGAGAUCAAUCGUCUGAAUAUAGGCGACUCCAAGGAACGUAGGAAGAUCAAACAAAUGGAUAUAACGCGUCUAGUAUAAAACGCGUCGCGUGAGUGAUCUUAAAUCGUACGUACAAUUCGUCAGUGGCAAUGAGGACGCGCUACUUGGAUCGAUGAAAAAUGUUUGAAUAGUUGUUUCGAUUUUCGAACGAAGAUGAAAGUGUAACGGAAGGAAGGCUCGAUAUCCGGCGAAUCGGUGACACUUUUGUUUUCUUCUACGUGGGUUUACGCGUACGUGUGCACUGGUCCGUACGUGUAUGCGCUUUAUUUUUAAUACGUAUAUGAGGCUCUGCGUGUGGAUGCGCGCGCGCGCGCGUGCGUGGUGCCGGACGAUGUCAGAAGUUCGUCGUACGAAUGCAAGCGUCACUUUUAUUCGAUAAGAAUGGGAUUGCUGGUGAUUGACCGACGGUCACUGCUUUAACGUUACGCGCUACUUUAUGCGAAUGUACUUAGCCACGUAUACGCGAACUCUGACCAACACGUAUACUCGUUUAUAAUGUAUACGUACCUUGUGUAUGUACACACACACAUACAUACGUAGUUCCGUAGGUGUUUAGUGCGCGUGGGUGGGUAUUGGGUAUGACGUGGGUGUGGGUGUUUGUUCCUCGUACGUAUGUACGUACGCGUAUUUUGUGGCAACGUGUAAUGGCAUGGAAAUGAGGCGCGCGCGAGUGUCAUCCCGAAGAAAGAUACGCCUCUCGCCUGGAAAGCUACUCUGUGCACGAAAACCGAAAGGAGAAUCCUCCGGCGAGUGGUGGUCGUUAUUACCGAUUUAACCUCAUCGACGUCGAGUGUGUGCAUUUCUCCUGUAUAUAUUUCAUUUUUUCUUUAUCCAUAUUUGGUGCGCGUUUGUAAUUACCCGGUAAUUUCGACAGCAUGCUUUAACGCUGGCCCCCCUUCCCCAACGAUCGAACGGGGUCUAGUGAUUCGUGAGUGACACGAAGAAACUCCCAGCAUCUUUCGGUAUCGGAAAGAAAAAUGCGCAACGGGUGGCUAAGGAACUUGUUCGCGACAGCAAUUUUCGCCCUUAUGGUUCACGGGCAGUUGAGAUCACCGCGUAUAACGGAACAUCCUUCGGACAUAAUCGUGGCGAAGAACGAACCGGUAACGUUGAAUUGCAAGGCAGAGGGUAAACCUCCGCCGGUGAUCGAAUGGUAUAAGGACGGUGAGCUGGUACAAACGUCACCGGGAGAUGCGAAAUCUCAUCGUGUUCUUCUGCCUACGGGAUCCCUUUUCUUCUUAAGGGUAAUGCACGGGAAAAAGGAGCAAGAUGGCGGUGUUUACUGGUGCGUAGCGAAAAAUCAAGCUGGCUCGGUUCCGAGUCGAAACGCUACCCUUACCGUCGCAGUGUUGAGAGAUGAAUUUCGAGCGGAACCGCAAAACACUAGAGUCGCGGCAGGAGAAACCGCUUUGUUGGAGUGCGGACCACCCCGAGGGCAUCCGGAACCAACGCUACACUGGAAAAAGAACGGUCACAUGAUUGACUUGGAUGCUACCAAACGUAUCACUUUGGUGGACGGAGGGAAUUUGAUGAUCUCGGACGUGAGGCAAGCGGACCAAGGAAAGUAUCAAUGCGUUGCCGAGAACAUGGUGGGCGUGAAGGAAUCAGCGGUAGCUACGUUGACGGUUCACGUGAAGCCAUACUUCUUAUCGACACCCACGAAUCAAACGAUCCUGGCGGAUCAAACGGCUGAAUUUGCCUGCCGCGUGGGCGGAGAUCCCGCGCCCGAGAUCCUCUGGCGUCGAAGCGACGGGAAAAUGCCGAUCGGACGGGCGCAUAUUCUCGACGAUAAGAGUUUGCGAAUCGAGAGGGUGACGUCGCAAGAUCAGGGAACGUAUAUCUGCGAUGCCGAAAAUGGUGUCGGCGCGAUAUCGGCCAGCGCGACCCUGACGGUAUACUCGAGGCCCGUGUUCGCCAGUUUUCCGAAGGACGAAAUAGUCAACGUCGGAUCGAACGUUUCGUUCUCGUGCGCUGCUCGUGGCGCACCGGAGCCUUCGAUAUUCUGGACUCGCGAGGGUUCGCAGGAAUUAAUGUUCCCCGGAAACGAGUACCAGGGCCGCUACAAAGUUACGGAGGACGGAAGUUUGCAUAUCAGAGGGGUCCUCGGGAAGGACGAGGGACACUACGUUUGCAGCGCGAUCAGCCAGGCUGGCGCGAGCACGGCGACGGUUUUUCUUCAGGUUACCUCCGUCGAGGAAGCUCCGCCGCCGAUAAUCGAGAUCGGUGCGUCGAAUCGAACGGUACCGCCGAACGGUGAAAUUUCGAUGCCGUGCCGCGCGUUCGGCAGACCUAGCCCUCGGAUAAGAUGGUACAAGGACGGUGAAUUGCUUCGAACCGAUACCGACGAUCGAUUAACCUUGGCGAGCAACGGCACUCUCACGAUAAAGAACCUUCGAUCGACCGACACCGGAAUGUAUAGUUGCGUCGCGUCCUCCGAGUCUGGGAACGCGUCGUGGACGGCCAGUUUAACGGUUAGCUCGACGGUGAGCGAUCAGGAGACGGCGGGCGUGGUAGUCGACGCUGUCGUGCCGGAUCCCUCGAUGCUUCCUGCGAGUCCGAGCAAACCGAGAAUAGUGAACACGACCAGUAACGCGGUUACCCUUAUCUGGAGUCCUGGUCAGGACGGGGCUGGCAAGGUGAUCGACUACACCGUCGAGUAUUUCGCUACCAAUCCAAAGACCGGUUGGAUCGUCGCCGCGACCGGAAUUACGGACGACAUCUACACAGUAACCAAUUUGAAACCGGACACGAGCUACGUGUUCCUCGUCCGCGCUCGAAACAAUCAAGGUCUUUCCCUUCCUGGUCCUCUAUCGGACGUCGCGAGGACGACCAAUCUCGAUCAACCCGCUAUCCCUCAAACCGAACUGAUCCGAGCGAGGGAUCGUUUGAAUAGCGAGAUUCUGUAUUUGAAGGAGGUUCAACCUUUGACCAGUACCAGCGUUAAAAUCAUAUGGGAUAUUCUCGGUGCUGCCGACUUGGUCGAGGGUUUGUACAUAAGGUACCGUCAAGUAUCCGAGAAGCCGGAAUAUCGAAUGGUCACUGUAAUGAACGCCGGAGCGACUAGUUACGUUUUGACCAAUUUGAACAAGUACACGCGGUACGAGUUUUUUCUAGUUCCUUUUUACAAGACGAUCGAAGGUAGACCGAGUAACGUGAAAUUGGCGACCACCUUGGAGGACGUGCCUUCCGGUGCACCCGAGAACGUUCACGUCGGAAUGAUAAAUGUAACAUCGGCGUUCGUUCGUUGGUCUCCGCCGCCUAAAAACACGCAGAACGGACAAUUGAUAGGAUAUAAGAUUCAAAUCAAGAGCAAUAGUAGCAACAAAAUUCUAGGUCAGAUGUCUCUGAACGCAUCGACCACUUCGGUAAUCAUUAACAGCUUAACGACCGGCGGUCUUUACACGGCACGCGUUGCCGGUUUGACCCGUGUCGGGCUUGGACCGUUUUCAAAUCCAAUCGUGCUGAACAUGGAUCCAGGGCAAUUGACGCAACUGCCGCCGCGGACCGAUCCGAGCCAGAGGAGCGCAUCCGUCGUCAACGAAACGUGGUUCCUGAUUCUAAUGAUAACCGUGGUGUUGACCGUAAUCGCCGCGCUGCUGGGAGCCUUGUACGUUCGUCGGAGACAAACGAUGAGCAAACAACUGGGACACUUGAACGUUCCCGUGGGCACGGCCAACGAUAUUUGUCAGCUGAACAAGGAUACUCUCUGGCUAGAGCGUGGUUGGAGACCGAGCAACACUCUUCAGCCCUCCUCCACCGACAAAGAUUGCGAGACGAAGCUUUUAAACAAUCAGAAUCAGAUCGGUUUACCGCCCGGGAUCGUUGGAAUGACGGGUUCUGAAUACGCGGAAGUGAAUCUAACGACGUUUUAUAACACCAGGAAACAGUUACAAGCUCCACCGGAACCUUACGCGACAACCACGCUUUGCAUGCCAACUCGUAGCCCGGAUUCGAUAGAAACCACCGGUCGAAAAUCGAAUUCGAGCGAUUCUUGUCUGAAACCCGACUACUCGAGUUUGGAUUCGAACCUCGAUCGAAACAAAUCCACGGUAUCACCGAGCAGCGACAAUGCCAGUAGCGUUUACAACGGGGACGAUAAUACGGAAGCGCAAAGGAGGCCUCAUCAUUACAGAAUGCCGUUACCGAACGAAUCUCAACCUCUGAAUUGGUGCGACAUGUUGCCUCCUCCACCGGACCAUCCGCCCUCGUUCGAAGGUUCCCUCGGAUCUGGUAGAACCCAUUCGCAUUCUCUGUCGCUCUCGCAGCAACAGCAGCAGCAACCGCAUCAAUAUCAGUAUCACCAUCAUCACCAGAUGCAUCCGAUGCAGCAUCAAUAUCAACAUCAACACCAUUACCAGCAACAACAACAGCAGCAGCAGCAACAACAACAGUAUCAACAUCAAGCCGCGUUUAGUCCUCACUUAGGGAAAAGAAGCAUCGAAAGGCAGAACGAUUUGGAUCUGAUGACCGGCUCGGGGUUAGCGUUAGGGUUAGGUUUAAGUUUAAGUUCAAAUUCCGGUUCUGGAUCCGGAUCUGGGUCAGGUUCGGGUUCUGCUUCCGGUUCGGGUGGUGGGUGCGGCGGUGGUAGCGGCGGAUCAGGAGCUGCCUCGAGGACAUCUCAAAGUCCACCGAGCCCGCCGAUCAGAGUGACCAACAAUCUGGAAAGUUCCGGUGCCGUUUGGAACGGUCCCGGUCAACAAUCGCAGUCGUUCGAAGGCUCCAUGCCGCAAAGUAACGUUCAUCAUCAACAAGGCAGAUACACGAGUCUACCACCGCAGACGAACGCGUCGGCACUGGCCGUAUUUCCGCAGGCAUUCGAUCGUUACGAGUACAAGAGCAACAACCAGGAACACGAAUACGAGAGCGGUUCUCUGUUGUACGGUCAACGAAACGGUUCGCCGUUGGACGAUUACGAUUCCGCGUACAGUCGCGUGAACCGAACGGAUACACGAUCGCCGCAAUCGAUCGGAAACGAGGAAAUCUAUCGGCGAAACGAUCAAGACCCUUAUCCUACCGACAACCUUUACCAACCGGAGAACGACGAGUGGGACAGAAAGUCUUGCGAUUCGAACGCGCACUCGGACAUUUGUUGCUCUUGUUCCGAAUCCAGUUGCCUGUACGGGAACGCUCUCGAGUACAAUGAUCAAUUCGUUUCCUCCUCGACGAACUGUCUUCACGGUAAAACCGUCUCCCGGAGUAGAAGCGGAAGGAGUCCGCGAAGAAGAACCGCCAGGACUUGUUCGCCUACCUACAGUAGCGGUGACAGUAAUUACUCUUGUAUUCCUGCGAGGCAGUCUGGAAGCGUUAGCUCGCAAGAAAGAUCAAGGCAUAAUCGUGCGAAAGACAAAGUGCCUAGCUUCUCGAGAAUCGCCGGCCAUCCUCAGCACAGUUCCUCGGCUUCGAACACGGUCGGCAGUUCUGGAAGUCAAAGAUACAACAAACUGAACAGCGUUUUCGUAGGCAGCAGCGGGAACGCCGGUAACCCGAAUGCUCCUCCGGAGUGUAAUCGGUCGGUCGACCUUCGCGAUGGCUAAUGUUGCCAGGAAGAGGCAAAUUAUCGCCGAUUAUCUGUCGCUUCGAAAUCAUUUACUUCGAUCGCAACGAGCCAAGCCGUCUGUCGCAGAAACAUUCGCUAGGACUAUCUUCUUGGUAACUCUAACGAAUCAUCCAUCUUGUCCUCUUUAAACCUCUUCGAUCCUCAACCUGUUUUCACCUACCUGCCACCCUUCCUUUCUUCCUUCCACUUAUCUUUACCCAGUUUCGCCAACAUAGCCGUAUCGACGCACUCUUUCAAUACUUCUUUCAAUAAUUGGUUGAGAAACCAAGUCGGCGGGGUUCUUCUUCCCGUUAUCCGACAUUUCGUUGUUUGCUCAAUACUCCCACUGCCCUUCCUCUCUUACAAAAUGGACGAUGAACGAUGAACGGGAAGUGAACUCGACGCGAUGUAAAAUAAUCGCAUAGAUCCCGGGACGAGAUGAGAGCGUAUCGUACAAAAUAUAUUUGUAGCUGACGAGUUGGUCGUAGGCGGCAACUACUCUCGAGGUGGCAUUUAUUUUCUAGAGGUCUUAGAUUUCCGCCAGAAAACAAGUUUGCUGCAAACCGUGUAUAACGUUCCUAAACGUUGAGCAAACAAUUCUUGAACAUUGCCGACGAAUAUCCGCGAAACGAUCGCCAUUCUUCUGAAAAGUGGGCUCGAAACCGCGGACGGCUUUUUAAAAAUGAAACGUUUUUAAAAAAACGCCCGACAGUGAUCGCUAACGACUGAAAAACGUGACAAGUAUUAUCAUAUCGAACAAUUUUCUACAAGUAGUCGUAGCUGGUGAUCUUUCGUCGCGAAACUCCUCGACCUGUGGUUCGUUGAUUUUCUCCAAGGAAUUGGAACCGUUCGAUCGGAAAUGUUCUCGCGAUUUCCGAGAACAGAUUAUCGAAUCGAUCGCGACCGUUUCGCUUGAAACUCGUCUCUAGGUGUGUUUAGAGAAUAUGCCGAACUGUAAUGGUGAGAUAUCGCUGAUACGUUGUUGAUCGAGUGAUCGCAACGCGCGACGCUGUAUAAUAAUCGCUCAAACUUCUUGUAAUUAAUUUAAUGGUUUAAGAGUAAUGGUAAAAAAAAAGAAAGGAGCAAGGGAAAUCUGGCUGAUCGAUAGGGGUAGUUCAGUGAAAUCGGAAGCGCGCGAUGUGAAAAUGGUGGAGAACGAAAAAUGAUCGUAAACACUGCCGGAUUAUAUCAAUUCUGUAAUAUUACCUACUUAGGAGAAUGUAUAGGCACGGAGCAAUUUAUAAUGUACAUUAACUACACGGAGUGGAAAUUUUGCGAGGGAAAUUGAUGAAUCCGUAUACUAUGUAUAGAUGCAAGCAUAAUCCAUCCAGAAAGUCGAGUAACGAAAAAAAACAAAGUAUAAUUGACUAAAUGAAAGGAGGGUUCGUUUUCGUAGAGCGUUUAGAUUGGUACUCGAUUCGGGAAGCAUAGCCACGUAGAAAGGUAUAUUUUAAAGUUAAUUCGCGGGAAAAACAUGAUAGCCCCGAAUUAUCCUCGCGUAGGUCUCUGUUUGACUGUACGCCGAGUUUGCCAAACUUCGUUGAAACAACUUGCAUGGCAUGGAAAUGAUGCCGUUCUAGGCUCGUAGCUAUUGUUCUUCGCUAGAACGGACGCCCCUCGAAAUCUGUACAUAAAUUCGCAGCCGAUAUUACUAUCCGCAACACGGACAAAACGAUCGAUAGUAGUUACUUAUAUACUUACAUACCGCGUAUGUAGGUACCGGGAAUAAUAAAAUUCGUUCGGGAUAUCGAGAUCUCUACUUAAACUAUAUAUUCACGAGAGAAUCGCGAGAAAAACGGUCUUUUACUUGUACGUUGAACCAUCCUAUCAAUUUGCGAGAAAAAGGAAAAGUAAUAUUAUUUUUAUAGUUUCUCAAAUUUGCAGAAUUGUUACGAUGGUUCGUACCGUUUGUAUCAUAUUGUGACUCGACUCGAACGAAAAUAACGAGAUUUAUCUCUAGAUCGUAUCCCAUUUCUUUUAUUUUAAUUUUUUUUUUUUUUUUUUUUUUUUUUUUCUAAUCCUCACCACCUGCAACCUCGCUCUCAAUCCCAUCCGUUACCAUCACCAACCAUCGCCAUUACGAUUACCAUUGCCAUUACCAUUACCAUUAGCAUUACCAUUAACAUUAGCGUUAGCAUUAGCAUUCGCAUUCCUUCUCCCUGUCGCUCUCUUUUACCCCCCGUCAAUGUCGUCCGUAAUUUCAAUUUGUUUCUGGCUAAAUUGCUCCCGCGUUCAUCCGCUUGUUCUUGCUCUCGCUGGGCGCGUACAUUUACUCGACCACCCGGCGAGAAUUGAAACGGAACACGGAAUCGGCCAACGAGAUACAUCGGUCGGUCGGUCGGUAUAUUCUUCCGUUUGCGAAAUAACCAAAUUAAACGUAAUUCAGACUGAUUUGUGUUCGUAGAAAUAAAUUCUUCGAUAAACUUCGUUCCCGAACAGAGGACGGUGAGUUUAACGAAGCUUUCCUAAGUGAUUUCACGAUCGCUGCCAAUUGCUCUAUAGCCUCGUAUCGAGAUGUUCGAACAUCUUGCUGUUCGAUAGAGAAUGAAAGAAAGGAAGAAAGAAGGGAAAAAGAAAAAAAAAAAAAUGAAUUCAAUUAUCCGUAUCGUA